AUGAAUCCAUUGACAAUCAAUCAAUUAACAGCUCUCCUCUGGAAAAAUUUUACAUUAAAGAGGAGACAGAUAUUUAGUUCAGUUACAGAAGUCUUGGCAGCACUGUUAUUUGUAAUAAUGAUGUUGGUUUUCCGUGCACUCACUGAUAUAACUAUUAUUGGACCACAUAAUUUCACUCCUCAACCCGUUGCCACCAUGCCUGCUUUCAUCAAAGAUGCCAGGGAGUGGGAAUUGAUUUACAUACCCUCUGACAUUGAUGUGGUAAAAGAAAUAAUUGAGGAUGUAAAGAGGAAUCUCAACACUACUAUAAAAGUUCGAGGGUUUCCUUCAGAAUAUGAGUUUGAGAAUUACGUUCUGUUUGAUUAUUCGUCUCAGAGAGUGCUGGCUGCCGUUGUUUUUGACUGUGGCUUUAAAAGCAAAACUGAUCCUCUGCCACUUCAGGUAAAAUAUCACUUGCGUUUUGUUGGAGUACAAAGGACCAUCUGGUGGCCGGACAAGAUAGGCUGGAAAACAAGACUUCUUUUUCCUCUUCGUCCUUCUCUACAACCCAGGAACCCAAAUUUUUUUGAUGGAGGAAGUCCCGGAUAUAUCAAGGAAGGAUUCCUGGCAGUACAGCAUGCCUUGGAUAAGAGUAUCAUGUUAUAUCAUGAAAACGAUGCUGGGAAAAAGAUGUUUGAUGAAAUCGAUGUUCUUGUGCAGAGAUUCCCAUACCCAAGUCAUCCUCAGGACAAAUUACUUUGGAUUGCCAGUCCUUUCAUUCCUCUGAUGUUCAUCCUCAUGUUCUCUUCCAUUGUGCUUUCCAUCAUGCGAGCCAUUGUGUUUGAAAAGGAAAAAAGAUUAAAGGAGUACCAGCUCAUAAUGGGGCUUAAAAAUUGGAUCAUCUGGGUUGGCUAUUUCUUCACAUUCUUCCCCUUAUAUGUCAUCAUUAUCUUUUUGAUAUGUGCAUUACUGUUUAUUAUACAGGAGCCAAUCUUGCGCUACAGUGACUGUAGUUUCAUCUUUGUCUUUCUUACAUGUUAUGCCAUUGCGUCCAUAUGCUUUGCCUUUAUGGUUAGCACGCUCUUCAAUAAAACUCAUUUGGCUGCUUCUGCUGGAAACCUCCUAUUUUUUGCCAGUUUCUUUCCCUAUCACUUCAUCUCUGAACACUAUGGAAAAUUGAAUCUUACUACCAAGGUGACUUCCUGUCUGAGCGCAAAUGUUGCAUUGGCCUUGGGGAUUAAUAUUUUAAUCAAGUUGGAAAUACAAGAGAUUGGUGCUAAGUGGCAUAACCUUUGGACACCAGCCAAUCUUGAGGAUAACCUCAUCUUUGGCUAUAUGUUUGGAAUGCUUUUGUUUGAUGCUUUCUUAUACAGCCUUGUUACCUGGUAUGUAGAAACCGUGUUUCCUGGACAGUGUGGUGUGCCUCAACCAUGGUACUUUUUUCUUAUGCGCUCAUACUGGUUUGGCAAACCAAAUCUUAGAAAGACUUUUGGAGAGGCGAAGUGCUUCCCCAUAACACACGUCUGUUUUGAGACUGAACCUACCAACCUGGUGGCAGGCAUCCAGAUCAGACAUUUGCACAAGGAAUUUAAAAACAAACCUGCAAUACACAACUUAUCAUUGAAUGUGUAUGAGGGGCAGGUCACUGUUCUUCUUGGACACAAUGGGGCAGGAAAGACCACAAUCUUGUCUGUUCUCACAGGUGUUUUUCCUGCUACCAGAGGAAAUGCCUAUAUUAAUGGGUAUAGUAUUUCAGAAAACAUGAUUGAAAUUAGAAAGAACUUGGGCUUCUGCCCUCAGCACGACAUGUUGUUUGAUGAACUGACACUAUCGGAACACCUUUUUUUCUACAGUAUGGUAAAAGGAGUACCUCACAACAUAAACUGUGUGGACAUUAAACGUAUGCUGUCUAUGUUUAAACUGGAAGAAAAUUACCAUACAGUAUCAGGUUCCGUGAGUGGAGGAGUGAGGCGCAAACUCUCCAUCAUUAUAGCACUUAUAGGGGGCUCCAAGGUAGUGAUGCUUGAUGAACCAUCAUCUGGCAUGGACCCAGCGUCAAGAAGAACCACCUGGGAUAUCCUUCAGCAUUAUAAACGUGAUCGGACCAUUUUACUCACCACCCACUACAUGGAUGAAGCUGACAUCCUGGGUGACCGCAUUGCCAUCAUGGUCAGGGGGACCUUGCACUGCUGUGGCUCUUCAGUAUUCCUGAAACAAAUAUAUGGUGCUGGCUAUCAUAUAGUCGUGGAGAAGGAGCCAUAUUGUGAUGUUAACAAUAUCUUUGCAGUUAUUCGGCAUCAUGUUCCAGGUGCUGUAUUGGAAAAUAAUUUAGAAAAUGAAUUAUCCUUUAUCCUACCCAAAAAGUAUGUAUCAAGAUUUAAGUCUUUGUUUACUGAGUUGGAACUAAGACAGAAAGCACUGGGCAUUGCCAACUUUGGAGCUUCAAUCACUACAAUGGAGGAGGUUUUCCUCAAGGUCAAUAAGUUGGCAACUCCCCAAAGUAAUGUUCAGUCUAUCAAAUCCUAUUACACAACAUAUAGAAAUAUGAUUGAAGAUGAAAAACAGAAUGGGAAUAUGCUCACAAAUUAUAACAGACCUAGAUUUUCCUGUUUGGGUGGAAUUACUUCUAUUAAAUUUAAAACUGGGUUUCCACUUUACCGCCAACAAUUUUAUUCCAUGUUUAUAAAAAGAGCACUGUUCAUUUGCCGCAACUGGAAGUUGAUGUUGCUACAGAUAAUAGUAAUUUUGGUUGUCACUACAUAUCUCUUAUUAGCUCUGAAUUUUGAUGAUGACGCUGCUGCUGAUAUACCUGAAAGGGAAUUAAAUUUGAGUCACUAUGGUAAAACCAUUGUUCCUUACUCAGUUUCAAAGAAAUCUGAUUUGGCUCUGAAAUUCACAAAAAACCUGAAGAUUUUUCUAAACUCAAAGAAUCAAAACUUUAAAAAAAUAAAAGGUGAUGUAAAUGAUUACAUAUUGGAAAAUAAAAACUGCCGUAGCUUCUGCAUUGUUGCAUUUUCUAUUGAUGUUGAGAAAAACAAAACAGUACUCACGAUUUUCUUCAAUAAUGAGGCAUACCACUCAUCUGCAAUAUCCCUAGCAAUAUUAGACAACAUUCUUUUUAUGAUACUUUCUGGUCCUGAUGCUUCUAUCACUGUCUUCAAUAAGCCUCAACCUCGCCCUCAUUUUGGUUCAAACACGGUGCCCAUAAAUGGACUGCAAAUAGUACAGUGUUUGGCUUUUGGCAUUUCUGUGGUGGUUGGGACUUUUAGUCUCCAGACAGUGACUGAGAGAGUCAGUCAAGCCAAGCACAUCCAGUUUCUGAGUGGGGUCUACGUGCUUGCUUACUGGCUCUCUGCCUUGUUGUGUGACCUCAUCUUCUUCCUCAUUCACUGCUGUGUACUGCUGGGCAUAUUCAGAUUCUGCCAAGUGUAUGCAUUUGUUGUGCACUACAACUUUCUGGACACGAUGCUGAUUUUCAUGCUGUACGGCUGGAGUGUUGUUCCUCUCACAUAUCUCGGAAGCUUCCUUUUCAGUAGCACGACUACCGCCUACAUCAAAACUACGCUCUUCAAUUACUUUUCAACCAUAUUCAGUAUCAUCAUUUACACUAUAUUGCAGUUUUAUGGUAAUGACUUUCCCAAGUUGAUCAACAGCCUCAUAAGUACAGUGUUAAUGGUACUGCCUAGUUACAACAUGGCAUUGAGUAUCAGCAAGUAUUUUGAUGACUAUGAGGUGAAAAGACUGUGUAGUAGGGAAUUCCGAAGCAUUUAUAUGGAUUGCAGUGAGUCAUAUACGCAGAACAAUGUGUAUGGCUUUGGAGAGCGCGGGAUUGGGAAGUUUCUGGUCACUCUGGCUACCAUGGGUUUAGUUUUUCUCCUCCUGCUUUUCUCCCUGGAUACUGUUUCCUGGAGCCUGAAGAACUUUGUCUUUCGUAAACUUAUUUUUUAUUUGUACAGUACUUUCAGGAAAGGCAAGAGAGUUUUAUUGUCUAAACAGGGCACCAAAGAAGAUGAAGAUGAAGACAUAAGGAAGGAAAGAAGAAAAGUCUUCACACUGCUGCUCCGUUUACAGACUACCCCACUGGUCCUUCAUGAAGUUACAAAGAUUUAUUUUAAGUGUCCUGUUGUCAAGGCUGUGAGAAACAUCUCCCUUGUAGUCCGGAAGUCAGAGUGCUUUGGAUUGCUUGGAUUAAAUGGAGCCGGAAAAACUACUACAUUCAAAAUGCUGACUGGAGACGAGACUAUCACCUCUGGAAUUGCAUGGAUUGAUGGCAAUAGUGUCACUGAAAAUCUAAGAAAGAUUAGGUCAAGAAUUGGUUACUGUCCUCAGACUGAAUCCGUGCUGAACCACAUGACAGGCCGGGAGUUGCUGACCAUGUAUGCUAGCCUGUGGGGUGUCCCAGAGCAAGACAUUAAUGAGUAUGUGGAAGCCUUUCUGCUCUCAGUACACCUGGAACCCGUCGCGGACCAGUUUAUCCACACAUACAGCGCCGGAAGCAAACGUAGGCUAAGCACAGCUAUUGCCCUAAUGGGAAAGUCUUCAGUUGUCUUCCUGGAUGAGCCAUCUACUGGCAUGGACCCAGUAGCUCAGCAUCUGCUCUGGGACACAGUUACGUGGAUCUGUAAGACUGGUAAAGCUAUCAUCAUAACUUCCCACAGAAUGGAAGAGUGUGAGGCUCUGUGUUCUAGGCUGGCCAUCAUGGUGAAAGGGAGGUUUACAUGCCUGGGCAGCCCCCAGCAUGUCAGAAAGAGGUUUGGUCAUGUAUACACUCUAACAGUAAAGAUCAACAUUGCUAAGGAUGAAGAUAAAGUGUCAGAGUUCAAAAAAUUCAUUAAAUCAACUUUCCCAGGUAACAUCAAAAACCAGGAAUUUCAAGGGAUUGUUGGCUACUAUAUUCCAAGCAAGGAAAUCUGCUGGGCAAAGGUGUUUGAAAUUUUGGAGAAAGCUAAAGUGCUUUUCAAUUUAGAAGACUAUUCUGUCAAACAAGUAACCCUGGAACAAAUCUUUUUGACCUUUGCUAAUACUGAUAAAACAAGAACUUUUCAGGAAAUGAAGCUGCUGUAGAUUGCAAUCCAGCCAGUGACCCUCUUUCUGCACCGAGUACAUAAAAGUCUUUUUAUACGCAUACGCAAAUAAAAACCCUAAGGAAGAUAGUUUGCAGUCUUUGAAAGUUCGGGUGAAUGACAGGUUAUCUGAACUGUAAAGAUUCACUUUGCCCUAUUUCUAAAUUUAAAAGUUAGCACUUUAUUCUCCUUCUGCCUUCCAAGCACAGCUCUGAAAGUCACUUCAAAUCCUAACUGUGACCUGAGCCAAACGCUUAGCUCUGACACUGACCAGCUUCUUUAUCUUGGGUCUUUCCUUAUUGUCUCUCAAUCUCAGAUUUUCUGUCUGUUAACCAAGAUUGAAACGUUCAGUCUUUAUGAGUUCAGAGGAUGGAGCAGGGUGGUUUAGAAAAAGCAC